AUGAAGACCAAGUUCUGUAACGGCGAGACCGAGCCUUCCCCGCUCGGGCUCCUCCUCGGCUGCAGCUCCGGCGGGGGCGGCGGCGUCCUCCCCUGUCUUGAUAGAGGUGGACUCAGCAACAUGCUGUUUCAGUGCUCACUACCUGAUACCAUUGAGACAGUUGCAGAUGAACCACGGAAAGUUCUCCUGCGCUUAUAUGGUGCAAUCCUGCAGAUGAGGUCCUGUAAUAAAGGAGAGUCUGUACAGUCUCAGAAGGAAAAUGACUUGCAAGGGGCAGAAGCCAUGGUUCUGGAAAGUGUUAUGUUUGCCAUUCUUGCAGAGAGAGCUCUUGGCCCAAAGCUGUAUGGAAUCUUUCCACAAGGGCGACUGGAGGAAUUCAUUCCCAGCAGGAAACUAAGUACUGAAGAAUUAAGCUUACCUGACAUAUCUGCUGAAAUAGCUGAGAAGAUGGCUAGAUUUCAUGGCAUGAAAAUGCCAUUUAAUAAAGAACCUAAGUGGCUUUUUGGAACAAUGGAAAAAUAUCUAAAUCAAGUGCUGAGGAUUAAAUUUACCAGAGAAUCCAGAACUAGAAAACUGAACAAACUCCUCAGUUACAAUCUCCCUCAGGAAAUGAAAAAUCUAAGAGCUAUGCUUGAAGCUACUUCAUCACCAGUCGUAUUUUGCCACAACGACUGUCAAGAAGGUAAUGUCUUGCUUCUGGAAGGCAGAGAGAAUUCAGAAAACCAAAAGCUGAUGCUCAUUGACUUUGAAUACAGCAGCUAUAAUUACCGAGGAUUUGACAUUGGAAAUCACUUCUGUGAAUGGAUGUAUGAUUACACGUAUGAGAAGUACCCAUUCUUUAAAGCUAGUGUUCUUAGAUAUCCUUCAAAGAAGCAACAGCUUCAUUUUAUCUCCAGUUACCUGUCUGCAUUCCAUGAUGGCUUUGAAAAUCUGAGCAAUGAAGAGAAGUCCAAACUAGAAGAAGUAGUGUUGGUAGAAGUUAACAGGUUUGCCCUUGCAUCACACUUCUUCUGGGGUCUGUGGUCUAUUAUACAAGCAAAGAUCUCGUCCAUUGAGUUUGGUUACCUGGAAUAUGCGUUAUCCAGAUUUGAUGCAUACUUCGAUCAGAAGAGGAAGCUGAAGGUGUGAAUGUGGGAGGAGUGGCCUGUUGGUUACUGUAUGAAGAGGGCAGCUGGAUGGAACUUACACUGUGCUUAGGCUACUGUAUCUCUAACGAAGGUGUCACUGAAUUCCAGUUCCUUGGGACGCAGGUGUACAGUACUGAAGACUGUAUAAAAAUGACUUGUUUACAGUUUCGUAAAUACUUGGAAUGAGAUUGGGAGGCAAAAGUAAAAUACAACAGUGCAAUAUCUUUAAAUCUUUUUGAUCUAGAAGGUAUUUUAUAUUAUGGGAGAAGCUUACAAUUAAGUGUCAAUACCACAUGCGUCAGAGCAAACAGUGUUACUGUGAGUACAUUUUCUAGGGGGGUGUUGGCAUUAUGGUUUAUGUUGUAAGCAGAACAGUUGUAAAAGAUGAUUCAUUGUAUAGACACUGCCUCUUAAUGGGAAGGAAAAGCGAAGGAGACAACUGUUAAACUGUGAAGUAGGCUUAAAAUCUUACUGUGAGAUUAAGUUCAACAUGCCCCAUGAACACUAUCUUCAAAGCUGCUGAUACGUUACACCACUUUAACCAUAAAGCAACUAAACACAUUGAAGUGGUAUGCUUUAAAGUGUUAUCUACAUAUACAUGAAUGUUUCUCU